ACAGGCCAGAAGUAAACAGUGUUGUUUUGAUUUGUCAAACCGUGUACCUGCGACGAAGCGGUCGGCGUUAGUUCCUUUUUCAGGCCAACAUCGACCUUCAACAACAUGCCCCGAUUAAAAACGUCGCAGGGGCUUCCAAAAUGUCGCCAGUGAUACAGACGACAACGGUGCUUUUUAGUUGAACAGAAGAAGGUUAAGGAGAGCCCACGAAAGCUCCUGUCCUGCCAUGGCUGAGGCCCGCCAGCUGAGUCCUCUGGCGGGACGGGCCGACGUCGCGGGCCCCUCCAGCCGCCAAACCUAUGCAAGCUCUGCCCACUAUGGGACCGUGAUGAGCGGCCUCCACGACCUGAGACAGAGCGGCAUCCUGUUCGACGUGGUGCUCCUGGCGGAGGGUCGACCCAUCAAAGCCCAUCGCAUCCUCCUGGCCGCCGCCUGCGACUACUUUAGGGGUAUGUUUGCCGGGGGUCUGCGCGAGGCUCAGCAGACGGAGAUAGCCGUGCACGGUGUUACCUACACGGCCUUGUCGAAGCUGCUGGACUUCAUCUACACCUCGGAGAUCGAGCUAGACCUGGACAAUGUGCAGGAGGUGCUAAUCGCUGCCACUCUGGUCCAGAUCGGGGAGGUGAUCAGCUUCUGCUGCGACUUCCUCUUCUCCUGGUUGGACGAGAGCAACAUCCUGGAGGUCCACAAGCUGGCGGACAUGUUUGGCCUGCAGCAGCUGGAGACCAAGAUCCACGCGUACAUCCUGCAGAACAUCCAGACGCUGUCCCGCACCGCGGCGUACCGCCAGCUGCCCCCCGACAAGGUGCUGCGGGUCCUGAGCAGCGAGGAGCUGGAGGUGCUCAGCGAGAACGAGGUGUACGAGGCGGCGCUGCACUACCACUACAGCCCCGAGCAGGUGGAAACGGACCAGGUGUGCCUGCAGGACAACCUGAAGAUGCUGGAGGCGGUGCGCUUCUGCCUGAUGGAGCGGCCGGUGCUGCAGCGUCUGUACGGCCGACUGGACGCGUGCCCGCUGAAGGAGUCGGUGGCGGCGGCGCUGCGCUACCACGAGCAGGAGGUGCUGCAGCCCGUGCUGCAGGGCCCGCGCACGCAGCCGCGCUCCAACGCCCGCUGCGUCCUGGGCUUCGGCGGCAUGUACGCCAACUCGGGCGCCACCUCGGACACCGAGGGGCUCUUCCAGGUGUUCCACCCCAGCUGGGGCGAGUGGCGGACGCUGGGCGCCGCGCAAGCCCCCCACAUGUCCAACCAGGGCGUGGCCGUGCUCAACAACUUUGUUUACCUGGUGGGCGGAGACAAGAACACCAGCGGCUUCCGCGCCGAGACCCGCUGCUGGAGGUACGACCCCCGACACAACAGCUGGUGCUCCAUCCAGCCCCUGCUGCAGCAGAGGGCCGACCACAGCGUGUGCGUCCUGGGGGAGCACAUCUACGCCAUCGGGGGCCGCGACUACCGCAACGAGCUGGACUCUGUGGAGCGCUACGACCCCCACACCAACACCUGGGAGUGCGUCGCCCCGCUCAAGAGAGAGGUGUACGCGCACGCGGGCGCGGUGCUGGACGGACGGAUCUACGUGACGUGCGGCCGGCGGGGGCUGGCCUACCUGCGGGAGACGUACUGCUUCGACCCGGCCACCGACCAAUGGGCGGCCUGCGCCGAGGGGCCGGUGGAGCGGGCGUGGCACGGCGUGGCAGCCCGCGGCGGCCGCCUCUACGUGAUCGGAGGGAGCAACGACGAGCACAGCUACCGCCGCGACGUCCUCAAGGUGGCGUGCUUCGACCCGCAGGCCGACUCCUGGUCCCUGGUGAGCCCGCUGCCGGCGGGCCACGGGGAGCCCGGGCUGGCCGUGCUGGACGCCCGCAUCUACGUCCUGGGGGGCCGCUCGCACAACAAGGGCAACCGCAUGAGGUACGUGCACGUGUACGACGCCGACCUGGACCAAUGGGAGGACGGCACGCCGUUCGAGGGGCGCGUGUCGGGGCUGGCGGCCUGCGUGCUGCCCCUGCCCCGGGCCGUGAUGGCCCAGGCCCGCGGCUGGCAGCAGCACAUCAAGCGGGCGUCCUGGGCGGACGCGCCCAUGGAGCACUCCGAGUACUCCAGCGACGACUGAGCGCCCCCCGGUGGUCGGGCGAGGUAUUUUUUUUCUUUUUUUUUUGGUUGGAAGUGUGCGGAGGUGGAGCUAACUGAGCCUUGUUCGUCCUGAUGGUCGCCUCUUUUGGGGUUGGGGUGGACCCCUGGAUGGUGGGGGGGUGGGUAUGGGGGCCAGGGGCCCGGGGUUUGGAGUGCCUCUGAACUGAUCGACGGGACCCUCGAUGGGGACACUCUCUUUGGUUCUGAUUUUGGGGUCGAACUCGUAGAAGUGUUGGUUCUUCUUUCUUUCUUCUCUUCUUUGAAUCACCGCUCCAGGAUUUCUGCGAGCAUGUCCAGCCGUCCCUGAAAGGCUGUUUCUACUGAGAGGUCGGAAAGAAUGACAAGUCGGACUUCUAUGCAAACAAUACAGUGUUCCUUUUGAUAUCAUGGACCGCUGGUUCCAGUCUUCCAGUGAAGACGAAGUCUUGUUUGUUUUUGUUACUUUUAACAUGUUUGGGUUUUAAAAUAGGUCAUCGCAAAGGCCUGGCGACUGCUUGUUAAUCUAAAGUAUUAUGGUGUGUCUCACUCAGUACUAGUACUAGAUGGCCAAAGUAUGCCUUGUUUUCUCUGGUUGCAUUUAACCUGGCUUUGGAUUUUGCUCACGUUUUUUCCUUUUUCGAUGAAGGUGUGCCUUUUUGUUACGCAGAUAUGACGGUUCAACUGAACAAUACUUGUGGGUUGAGUGUUGUACUUACGACCACUAGUCACAUGAUUCCUUCCACAAUGUCUCAGCCAUCCAUCGUUACGAUGAGAAAGCCACGCCUUGCAUUGAGUCUCAAUGUGGAGGCCAAUGAGGGUAAGUGGUGGUUGAGACUGGCAUAGAUCUGCAUAAUUGUUUAGGUCAUUUGUAAGUUGUUUAGGUCAAAUGGCAGCAGAAAUGGUGGAAAACGAAAUGCACAUAUUAAUGUUUGAAAUCUGAAAUCUGCACAAUUAUACAAUCAUCAUGCAUUCAUAAUAAUCUUGUAUCAUGUAUCUUUUGGGGUUUGAUUAAAAAUACAUAAUAUAUCGAUUUAUUUUACCUGGAGUAUUCAUUGUGAGUUGCACAAGGUUUCUCAGUAUUCAAAGUCACACCAUUUUCAUGCUUUCUUUCUUUCGUCAUGUUUUUGUUUCAGACAUCCAUUAACCAAAUGAGCUUCACACACAGUUUGUCUUUGCAGUUUCCCAGAAGGCAGAUUCCAUAAUCCUAUCGCUCUUAUCUUAUGCCUUUUGACAUUGACUGUUUCGUCCUGACGUGUCCAUAGGUUUGUAUUAUUAUUGGUUGGAGAUUUUGAUACAUCUCCAAGCCAUUGGUAUCCAUAUUCCUCAUUAAGAAUCCCGAUAAGCUCGGGUGUUUCGGAGCGUAACCCUGCCGAAUAAUUACUAAGUUCUUUCUUUAUUUGUUAAGACGGAAGGGAUGGCACACUUCCUAGAUUCACAAUUCAUUAAGUCAGUUAAAAGCUUUUAUCCAAAGAAGAAAGGUGAGAGUCACUUACUCAGAGCAAGACAUCCCCAAAACUCAAUACUACCUCUGGUGUAUUCCAGGGUUCAGUGCCAGUUUAUUGAGCUCUUUUUAAACGACGAUUGCCAUAAAACCUGCUGAUAAAUCGUGAUUGUGAUUCAAGUUCGGAUAGGGAUAUUUCUGGGGCAAUGAUGGUUCUACAUAUUGAGGUUUUGUGUUCUCUGUACAGAUGAAUCACAAGAUGGAUGCAGAUAGUGGUCUGGUCUCAUUGGACAGUCUGCCUCAGAUGGUCUUAAAGGAGGUCUUGCUGAUAAUCAUUUGGUUUUUGGAAAUGUCUUCAAUGGACGUUUUUCCCUGUCCCUUUGGAAUAAUUGCCGGCGUCGGGUGCCAUCUGCUAUUUGUGUAUUUUCUGGCCGGCACUGAGUUGAACCUUGUGGCUUAAAGCCUUUUGACACAUUUCAAAUGAAAACGUGGAGAUUUGUGUGUGUUGUUGAACCACUUAACGCACAGGGAAAGCUAUUGAGCCUCUAGGUAGUUCUUGUGAUAAGCAGGCUCUAAAAUGUUUAGCAGGUGCAGUAGUAAUAGACCAAGUCUCAAUCUUAGCAUUUCUAGAGAAUCAUGCGGAAACUAAAACAGAUGGACAUCAAAAUAAAUAUAGAUAUAUAAAUAUAAAUACUGAAGAAAAUAUGAAUCAGCACAACAGGGGUAAAACAGCAGCCUACAAGAAUAAAGAGACCCAAGCAAACUGUUUUAAUGAAUACAUGGCGUCACAGUUUGGAAAUCUGCAAAGGAGAUUGAACAUGAAUU